AUGGAGACUUGGGCGAUGCGUCUUUCGGAGGCGGACGGCCAUGGAGGUCACCGGAUGGAAGGCGAACGGCACGAUACGAAAAGGCAGGGCGAGGCGGAUGGAGAAAGAAGUGCCGAGGAGGCCAUGGAUGGAUUGAAAAACAUUCGAACAAAGAAGAGGCGACGGGUGGGAGGAACCGGCAGAGGAUCAGGAUGCAGUGACGCCGCGGCGGCGGGCAAGAAGACUCGGAAUGGGAAGACCCACGACGAGUAUGGCGACGCUGCUGUCAGCGUACCGCAGCAGGGCCACAACACCAGACACAAGUACACGCUUCGACGCCUCAUCCUCGCCCUACGCGCCGCGUGGGGCACCGCUGUGCGAAUGGAGCCGAAAGGCCACCUCGGUCAGAGUUACAACAAACAACCCGACGUGGACGCGGAAACAUUGCUCAUUGGCAAGGAUGGCACGCACUAUUGCGGAGACGUCAAGGUCGUCUGUCCCCUCAGCAGCAGCGGGGAGCACGGUCGGAAGGGCGCUUUUGUCGCUUUCGGCAACACUGAAUCAUUCUACCGGAACAUGGGGGAGAGGAAGAGCAAGGGCGAGAGAGGGCAAGGGACCGGGCGCUGGCAUGCCAGGGGGGGCAGGGUGGUGGGCGGCGACCGCCGCGUACCGUCCUACGGCGGGGACUAUCGCUACGCGAGGGAAGACAAGGGCGUUGAAGUGCAGCUGCUGCUGUUCGAGUCGUUCGGCGGGUUCGGAAAGGGGGUCCGUGAGAUCCUCCGGAAGGCGGCGGACGUGCUACAGAACAAGCUGACGCGGGCCCAGUACCUCGAUGAGGUGACUUGGACCACUAAGAAUUGGCUGGGGCUGCAGAAGCAGCGUAUCUCAGUCGUUCUUCACACGGCAAUCGCAGAGCAGGUUGUGAAUGAGCUUGCCUGUGGCGGGGGUGGGCGGGUGCACGGAGCGAAGUGCCUCGCCACCCUCGCAGGAGUCGCUUAG